ACAUAAUACCCCCAUAUUACUUCAUUAUAAACGGACGUACAGUCUAAAACUACAAGGUUAAAACUUUAGUGUUUAUUAUUCCAUUGUUUUUUCCAUUGAGUGGGAAAAAUGGACGAAAAUGAAGAAAUGCCUGUACACCCUGUAUUUGCGAACUCGGGCAAGAAGGCCGGCCUCGAAAUAUGGAGAGUGGAGGAUUUUGAACCAGUUCCGGUGCCAAAAAAUCAAUACGGCAACUUCUACAGCGGAGACUCCUAUAUUGUCUUAAAGACAUCAGGAACUUCCACUUUAUCAUGGGACAUCCACUUCUGGCUGGGUUCGAAGACGAGUCAGGACGAGUCCGGGGCAGCGGCCAUCUUGUCCGUCAACCUGGACGACGAGCAGUUCCACGGCAAUGCGGUGCAGCACCGGGAGACGCAGGGCUACGAAUCCAGACAGUUCCUCAGCUAUUUUGAACCAGCUAUUCGUUACUUGGAGGGUGGUCAUGCUUCCGGCUUCAACCAUGUGUUGGUUAACGCGGGAGCUGAGAAACGUCUCUUCCAGAUUAAGGGCAAACGCAACGUCAGAGUGAGACAGGUGGAGGUAUCAGUAACAUCAAUGAACAAGGGCGACUGCUUCAUCCUGGACGUGGACCAUGACAUCAUGUUGUACGUGGGAGACCAGGCCAAGAGUGUGGAGCGUUUGAAGGCGAUAUCCGUGGCCAACCAGAUCAGAGACCAGGAUCAUAGCGGCCGAGGAAAUAUUGAGAUUAUUGACCCAUACUCCAACGAAGGUGAUGUGAGCAAAUUCUUCGAAGCUCUAGGAUCUGGAGACCAGGAUUCAGUGCCUGAUGCAGAAGAAGGCGGUGAUGAUGAGGACUUCGAGCGUGGUGCGUCAAAGGAAGUGACUUUGAGCGAAAUCUCGGAUAAAUCUGGAUCCAUUCAGAUAAAGAAGCUGCCGGCACCUUUGACGCAAGAUUUACUGGAUACCAAGGAAUGUUACAUACUCGACACUGGCAGCAGUAUUUACGUAUGGAUUGGAAAACAAUCUACCAAAAAGGAAAAGUCGGAGGCCAUGAAAAAAGCGCACCACUACCUCGAGGUGAACAACUAUCCAUCAUGGGUACACAUAUCAAAGGUGGUAGAGGAAGCUGAACCGGCGGCAUUUAAGCAGCAUUUCCAAGACUGGAACUAAUCUAGAUAUAUACAGUAUUACUAACAAACACACAGACAAAUGAA